GUUCCAAUUACCUCAACAUACAGAAAUAAAGAUGACUGGACAACUCUCUGCAGUAAUUUAUGGGUCCCAUGGAUGAUUUAUGAACUGAUAAAGAUAACAAUGGUUCAGACAUGGGUGUUAAUUGUGGCCCCAACAAAUCUUAUCUAGACUUUUAUAUUUCUUGGUUGGAAGAGACAAGUUCUAGUGGGAGGCCUUUAGGAUACCCUUCCCAAAUGCAGAUGGAUAGAGAAAUAUUUGUGUUGGGUCUCACAGUGCAUCUGGUUUUUCUGUUUCCACAGAUUGAUCACAAUCAGUUUCCUUUCAUCAGAAGUCUGCCUUGAUCACUUCCUUCCACCAAUCUGAUUCAGCAUGAACUAUUUACACUUCUCUCCAGCUAAGCAAAGAAAUCUGAGUCUAAUCUCUGGCUGAAAAGCUUCUACAAAGUCACCAAACAAGGACAGCUUAGUGAGCUGCUGACUCACUCUUGGGUCAGCCAUGCUGCAUGCUGCCAUGGAGCAUAAUAUGAUGACUUCAAGUAAUUAGUUUCAAAAAGAGACUGGAGGUGCCUUUGCUCGAUGUAAGCACAUGGCAUGUCUCUCUAUGUUAUGAGCAAGAGACUUGAUCUAUUUCUAACUUCAUAAUAAGAUGAGAAGAUUCAUCAAUGCUAGCUGGAUGCUUUGAUGAGAACAUGUUCACUUGAUUAAUGCUGCAGGGUUGAUGAUGAAGAUCAAGCGCAUGAGAGCUUUGGGGACUUUCCUUUUCUUCUCUUGAAAGUUUCUUUAGCUGAUGAUGAAUUGAUGAUUCACCUUUAUUUUUCUUUUCUGGCUUCAUCAUAUUGCCUUUAUAGCUGAUGACCCCAUGCUGACUCUGCUUCACCUUAUAAAAGGCUUCCUCACUGGUCUAUUGGAUUCAAGAAUCUCUUCCUCUCUCCUCUCUACUAGUGGAAGCAGUUCUGGUGCAUCAUCUCAGCAUGAAGAACACAAACCAUGAUCAAGCUGUAGGCAUUCCUAUUAGGUCGAUCACAGCAGAAAUGGUUGGAAAAUCUCAGCUCAACAGACUCUGUCUGCAAUCCACUUCAUACAACUCCCAGUAUGAACAAAAAGUGGAUUCACCUAUUGCUUGGAUGAGCAAGUUCAGCAAAAAGGCAGACAGCUAUGUUAAGGGCAUCAAAGAUCAUGUGAGUUUAGGACCCAAAAUCUCAGAGAUUGUGAAGGGAAAACUGAGCCUGGGUGCAAAGAUUCUUCAAGCCGGAGGUAUUGAGAGAGUUUACAGGCAAAAUUUCUCAGUUGAAAAAGGAGAAAAGCUGCUGCAAGCAUUCCAGUGCUAUCUGUCAACCACAGCUGGUCCUAUAGCAGGACUGCUCUUUAUUUCAACACACAAGAUUGCUUUCAGGAGUGAUAGAUCCAUCAGAAUCACUUCUCCCAGAGGACCUUUGGCCAGAGUUCCUUACAAGGUUUUGAUCCCAGUAGGCAGGGUGAAAAGAGCCAGCCUCUGUGAGGACUCACAAAAGCCUAACCAAAAAUAUAUCCAAGUAGUGACUGUGGAUGAAUUUGAGUUCUGGUUUAUGGGAUUCUUCAGCUACCAAAGAUCCUUGAAGUAUCUAAGAAGAGCAAUUUCAAGAUCACAAGGAGUUCUGCAGUAAAACUAUUCACUAGAUUUUGGAAGCUGCUUUCCUUCAUUCUACUCUUUUUGUACAUGUAAGAGGUGAAAGUAUCAUUUCUUCUUCUUGUACUUCCUACUGAAACUACUUUCGGUUUUCGGAAAGUCAGGUUCAGUUCCAUUCAGAGAAUAGAAUCCUUCAUCCAUCUCCUGCAA